AUUGAUUGCGUACCCUUAAUAAGCGUUGGGUCAUAUAUAUUAUUAUAUCCUCCACCAUUUUUAAGGAGGAAAACAGUAGACAAUUCUUUCUGAGUUCCUUCCCUAUCUCACCUUUCUUCUGAGAUAACGACUGGAACUCGGUGUUUGUCUUCCCUUGAAUCUUCUCAUCCUUUCUUUUCUAAAAGGAAAAUGGCAUUUAGUGGGACGACAGAUAAAUGCACGAUUUGUGAUAAGACUGUUCAUUUCAUUGAUUUAUUAACUGCUGAUGGGAUUCCUUAUCAUAAGACCUGCUUCAAAUGCACCCAUUGCAAUGGCUUACUCGUGAUGAGCAACUAUUGUUCAAUGGAAGGAGUGCUCUAUUGCAAGCCUCACUUUGAACAGCUCUUCAAAGAAACUGGCACUUAUACCAAGAAUUUCCAAUCCAAAAAAUCCGACAGGCCAAAUGGGCAGACAAAGACUCCGAACAGACUUGCAGCCUUCUUCUCAGGCACACAAGAUAAAUGCGGAGUCUGUAACAAAACCGCGUACCCCUUAGAGAAGGUGACAGUGGAGGGAGAAAACUACCACAAAUCCUGCUUCAGGUGUUCACCAGGGGGUUGCUUGCUUACACCAUCAACAUAUGCUGCAAUGGAUGGUAUCCUUUACUGCAAACAUCACUUUGCUCAGCUGUUCAUGGAGAAGGGAUGCUACAGUCACCUUGCCAAGCAAGCCUGCAUGAAGAAAAACUUGGCAGGAUCUUCACCGGAGCAAAAGCCCGAAGAUGCAGUCGAAUCGGAAGAUGAUGCGAAACCAGAAGCAGAAGCAGAAGCAGAAACAGAAGCAGAAGCAGAAGAAACAGAAGAAAAAUCUGAAGAAGCUGGUGCAGAAACCUAAUAGUGGAAUGCUCACUGAACGUUGAGGGGAUUUAUCCGAAUUGCGGUGCUUGACCUUGUUCUAUUGAAGUUCUUCCUAUGGCUCCAAGGGUCUCCCCAGUUCUCCACCUUGCAAGCAAAUUCAAGGUGUUGGUCCAAAUUUAUUAUGUCAUUUGUCAUUGGAAAUGAGACGGGAAAAGGGAAUCAAAUUUGAUUAUUUGUUGUCCUUUCAUCAUUGGAAAAACUGUAAUGGGACUAAGGGCAGGGGGUUUGUGUUCAGACUUUCACCAUUGCUUUGCUUUUGAAAUCAGAUUCCUAUAGUUUUCCAUUGCUUGAAA